UGAAUAUGAAAAUGAUAGUUUAAGCUUAGUUGAUUCUGAAGUCAACUAUGAUACUGAAGAAAAUAGUUACUUUCAGAAUGAUGAUAAUAGUAUAAAAUUAGCUAUUAGUCAGUUUACUGUGUUAGUAGAAA